CGCGCGCAUUCCAAAGGGCAAGCUUCUGUCGCUGUUUCGCACGAUCGUACGUGCUGAAUUCUGAUCGGAGGAAGUGGGAUUUGAUCGUACGUGCUGAAUUCUGAUCGGAGGAGGAGGUGACUGCUGCCUGACAAUGGUGCACCACCACCGGGCGAGCCUGCUGCUGCACCACAACCAGCAGCAGCAGGGCAAGGGCGGCGACGCGCUCCUGCUCAUGCUCGCCAGCUUCGCCUUCGCCUCCUGCCUGCUGCUGCUCCUCCCCACCAGCCCGGCCUUCUCCGCCGCCAUGGACGACCUCCUGCAGCAGCUGGGGAGUACGCGCUGCGGCCAGGAGCUGACGCCACCGGCGCCAUGCUCCGCGGUGGCCAACGGCACCAUCUGCUGCGACCGCACCGCCAAGCGAACCGACGUCUGCGUCAUGCGCGGGGACGUCCGCACCCAGCCUCGCUCCAACUCGCUCCUCCUGCUCCUGCCCGCCACCAACUCCUCCUCCUCCUCCCGGCCCGCCGGUGACGAGCUCAUCCGGCCCUACACACGCAAGUGGGAGUCCAGCGUCAUGAGCACCAUCGACGAGCUCCGCCUCCGCGCUGUGCCUGUCCCCGAGGCCGAGCCGGCCGCGCGGCGCUGCGACGUCCGGCACGACGUCCCGGCCGUCGUCUUCUCCACGGGAGGGUACACCGGCAACGUCUACCACGAGUUCAACGACGGCAUCAUCCCGCUCUACAUCACCGCGCGCCGAUACGACAGGAAGGUGGUCUUCGUCAUGCUCGAGUACCACGACUGGUGGAUCACCAAGUACGGCCACGUCGUGGAGCAGCUCUCCGCCCACGCGCCCGUCGACCUCGCCAACGACAACCGGACGCACUGCUUCCCGGAGGCCGUCGUCGGCCUGCGCAUCCACGACGAGCUCUCCAUCGACGCCUCAAGGAUGCCGGGAUCCCAGGGCAUCCGGGACUUCCGGCAGAUGCUCGACGACGCCUACCGCGGCCGCGUCAAGGUGCUCGUCGAGGAGGAAGAGGAGAAGGCCAAGGCCGCCGUGGCCGAAGCGACUAACAAACGGCACCCUCAAGAAACGACGGACGACAGGCCGCGGCUGACGAUCGUGUCCCGGAACGGGUCCCGCGCGAUCGAGAACGAGGCCGAGCUGGCGCGCGCGGCGGCGGAGGCCGGGUUCCGAGUGGACCUGCUGCAGCCGCGCCCGGACACGGAGCUCGCCCAGAUGUACCGCGUCCUCAACGGGUCCGACGUCAUGGUGGGCGUGCACGGCGCCGCCAUGACGCACUUCCUCUUCAUGCGCCCAGGCUCCGUCUUCAUCCAGGUCGUGCCGCUCGGGACCGACUGGGCCGCCGAGAACUACUACGGCCAGCCGGCGCGGCGCCUCGGCCUGCGCUACAUCCCCUACAAGAUCCUCCCGUCCGAGAGCUCGCUCUACCGCCGCUACUCCAGCGACCACCCGGUGCUCACCGACCCGGUCACCGUCAACGCCAACGGCUGGCAGGUCACCAAGAAGGUGUAUCUGGACGGCCAGAAUGUGCGGCUGGACAUGCCGCGGUUCCGGCGCCGGCUGCGCGAGGCGUACGGCCACUGGGCGGCGCAGAGGCGCCGCCAACAGAGCUAACCAUUGUACUAGUUCGUAACAUGGGUGGUGUGGAUACUGUAUAGACAAAUUAUUUUGCUGUUUACAACGUGUGAGUGAGAUCUUUUUGUUUUCACAUGUGUGAAGCAGAAUAGAGUUUUUUACUUUUUUAGCGUGGAAAAACAGAAUAUAGAAAGCGUAAGCGUUGUGGUUGGAGACACGUAGCCUAAAGAAGAGUUAGGAGGAACAUAAACAAAACCGAGCCGGUUGUUCAAUUCUUGUUGAAUAUAAAGUGACUACUAGUGUUAACAA